AUGGAGCUGCUCGUGGACCGCUUCGUGAACGAGCGCGGCAGCGAGGCGCGGGUCGGCGUCGUGAGCGGAGGGGCGUGCGUCACCGGCCCCGGAGAGGCGCCGCUCGUGCUCGACGACGUCGGCCGACCGGUGAGCGUCGGCGUGCUCUGCUACGACGAGGUGCAGAUGAUGGACAUCGCAGACGCGACCGUGCUGCGCGGCGUGCUCCAGGCGCUCGUCGGCGCGGGGUGGGUCCUCGUGGCAACCUGCAACCGCACGCCCGCCGAGUUUGCGGCGUCGACGAUGCAGCGCGAGCACCCGCAGUCUCGCUUCGCCGAGGCGAUGGCGGAGCACUGCGACACGCUCCAGCUGGGGGACGGCGUGCGGCAGUCGCGAGGCCUCGAGCCCGCCUCGCGCCUGCCCCCUGACUUUGCGUUGCACGCGCGUAGGCUCGCGCGACUACCGUGA